AUGGUUGACAACCCCAACCCCGGAAACUUCCACAACCGCCCUCACGAAGAGGUGCAAAACAUCGCCCGCAAGGGCGGCCAGUCCAGUCACAAGGGUGGAUUUGCAUCAAUGGAUCGUGAUAAGCAGAGAAAUAUCGCCUCAAAGGGCGGCCAUGCUUCUGGUGGCAAAUUCGAGCGCGGUUCCGAACGCACAAAGGAGGCUGGUAGACGCGGUGGCCAUGCUCGGUCACGGAGUCGUGAGGGUGGAAGUGGUUAUCAGGAACAGAAGGCUGUUGGUGAUACUCAGGAGCCGGUUGAGGUUGAGGAGACUGGGGAGUUUGCGGAGGAGCCUGAGGAGGAGUAUGAGGAGUAA